AUGCUGCGUGAAGCAUUUCUCAUAUUCAUAUGCGUGGCAUGGGCGGGAUUUGCUAUUCAUCUCUCGCCGUGGUUGAAGGGCAUCUCCCAUGAAGUUGAAGCUUACAAUGCUACUACAUUUAAUUACCCAGUGCCAUUGUCCACACAUAAUGAAGAGCACACGCGUCUACUGCAGAAUCUUCAACGAUCUAGUGGGAAAUGGGACUCUACCCACCCUCGACAUCGAUUGUUAACUGCCCUACAUGGAUAUACCCGCUACAAAGACAAAAGCCUAGCCGAGGUGACUCGAUGGAGAAAUCUUUACAAAAAUGUCCCAAAGCAGCAGAGAACAUUGCUCGAAUCAACCAUCCACUACACGCGUAAACUCAACACAAUGGAACAUCUGCUCGAUACAAACAACGAACUCGCCAGAUCUAUUGUUGACCACGGCCUUUGGUUCUACAAUAUCAGUCAAUCCGAGCUGGACGAAUUCGUCGAAGAAAGCGAGAAUGAGGGCCAAGAAGAACGUCAACAAUCCUUUGGGUGUAUCUUGAAAUCGCUCGCCCAGACACCACGGGCGAACGAAAGACCCUUGCGAGUGCUGUUGCCUGGGGCGGGAUUGGGAAGACUGGCGCAUGAGGUUGACAAUCUUGGAGGCUUUGAGGUCACCAUGAAUGAAUGGUCAACAUACAUGAAUCUGGCAUACCGUUAUGUGUCCAGUCGCUCAGCCCCUAACAGUGUAUCAUUCCACCCAUACAUCGACUGGUGGUCUCAUCAAGUGACGACCGAUGAUCUCCAGCGCUCCGUUACAUUUCCAAACCAAAUUAUUCACCCAUCAUCUGUCUUGCUCAUAGAGGGAGAUUUCACUACGGUAUUCGAAGAGCACACAGGCCAAUACGAUAUCAUCGUGACCUUGUUUUUUAUCGAUACCGCGCGGAACCUAGUAUCAUACCUUGAGACCAUCCACAGACUUCUUCGUCCUGGUGGCCGUUGGGUGAACCUAGGUCCUUUACUGUAUGGUACCGCUCCAUUUGUACAGUUAUCACUAGACGAGAUAGUGGCCGUGAGUGAGGGCAUGGGAUUCGAGUUUCAGGAGACAGAUCCCACAAUUGGAAAUACCACGUUGCCUGACUUGCGAGUGCGAGGCUUGGAGGUAGCAUACGGUCGAAAUGAGCGCGGGUUGAAUAAAAAUGCAUAUCAGGCGCAGUAUUGGGAGGCUGUUAAGCACUAG